UACAAAGUCAUCCUUAUAGCCUCAACAUGAAGUUGCUGUUGAUCUUGUGCUCUCUGGCCUUUGCCUUGGCAAGUAUAAAGGAAUCGACGAUUUUACCGUAUGAGGAACAACCAGAUAGCAUUAUAACCAAUGGCUAUGCAGCUCCCGAUGGCAAAGCUCCCUACAUUGUCAGCAUUGCGCUUCGGACACCAGGCAGCAACGGCGUUGGAUUGUGCGGUGGUUCCAUCAUUGCCAACACUUGGGUGCUGACAGCAGCGCAUUGCCUUACUACUGUGCCGUAUGUGGACGUCUAUUACGGAUCGAAUAAUUUAUGGCAGGGGCAGAUCACACAUCGAGUGCAACGCAGCGAUUUCAUACGACAUCAUCUCUACCCUGCCCCCGGCUAUGACAUCGCCUUGAUUCGCACGCCCCACGUGAAUUUUAGCAGUCGGAUCAAUCGCAUUCAAUUGCCGAGCUUUAAUCGCAAACAGGAUCGUUUCGAGAAUGUGGGAGCUGUUGCCUGCGGUUGGGGAGGACAGGCUGAUGGCAAAAUUGCCGACUGGUUGCAGUGCAUCGAUACCCAGACCAUACCGAGUACCGAAUGCCGCAGAACCUUCAAGGAAGCUGUUGAUGGGACAAUUUGCAUUAGCACACCUGGUGGUCGAUCCACUUGUCAAGGUGAUUCUGGCGGUCCCUUGGUUACCCACAAUAAUCCCACUUUGGUUGGCGUUACGGCAUUUGGAUCUCCACAAUGCACUCGCGGUUUGCCGGCUGUAUUCACUCGUGUGAGUGCUCACAUCGAUUGGAUAUACCAGCAGUCUGGUGUGGGUUACUACUACCUUUAACCACACACAAGCCAAAGCACAAUAAACAAUUGCAGAAACGAUAUUAAA